AUGGUCUAUUCAAGGGCAGGAAAUGUGCGUGUUUGGUGCACUCCAGCACAGAUAUAUAGAAGAGGCUAUGUACGUCCAAGAGUACAAGGCAGAGGAGGCUCUGUGGUGGUCUGGAGUGCAUUUGGGCUGGUGGAGUGGGAAAACUUGAAAGAUGGCGAGUUCAUUUUCCAAGAAGAUAAUGCACCCUGCCAUAAAGAUAUUUUAGCAAAAGAAUAUAAAGAAGACGUGAAUCUGCCAGUGAUGACAUGGCCAGCAAACAGUUCUGAUCUGAGUUCAAUAGAAAACAUUUGGGCAUACUUGGAAUGCCAGCUGAGAGCUAGAAGGAUAACGCCAAUGAAUUCACACUUGUUGGCCAGAGCUCUUCAAGAAUAA